AUGGCUCGUUCUGCAGAAGGCAGCUCGUGUGCUACAGAGAGUCGAUAUGGGGGUACCCAGACGGACUGGAAUGGCUGGGCGGAAGCAGAGCGGCUUAUGCAAGAACUGAUGAAGAAUAUGCAGCAGCAAGAGCAGCAGCAAGCAGCAGCAGGAUCCCGUACUGCCGCUGCUGAAGCCCUUCCGCUAGUCAAAGGGAAACUGGCGAGUAAGAAAAUAAGGCCGUCGUCCCUCAUGCUGGUAAGACGUCCGCUCGACAAGUUGACACUUGUGCCACUUGUGCCGGCAACGGCAUUAGCAGCAACAACUCCACAUGCAGAAUCCACUCCAGGAACGCAAGGUGCAGCUGCAGGUGGCGCAACAAACGCAACAGCCACAGGGGGUUCUAGGGAGCCGGACUGCGACAUGGUUGGACACAGCGGCAACAGCAACAGCAACACGAAAGUAGAACUUCUUGAUAUAUCUGUAAAGGAUAAGCACCUGGAGGAGCAGCUACUGUGCGCUUGCCCAGAGCUUAGGCCGCUGCUGCGGCGGGGUCUGACACUCCUGGAGUUCACAGAGACGCCCAGACAGCAGCAACAGCAACAUAAGGCACAGCAACAGUCCGCGCAGCACCUUAAGGAGCCGCUCCGUCUGUUGGUGCGGCGGGGCCUCCCAAAGUUUUUUGAUCUCGAUUGGGAGCUGCUCGCCUGUUAUUUCUUGCAAGCCCUCUCGCAACAGCAGCAGCCGCAAGGGGAACAGGUGGUAGAGCAGCUCUGGAAGCCUGCGCAGCAGCAGCAGCAGCAGCAAGGAAGGGGGUCCAAACAGCCACAGGAGCAGAAGAAAGGCGCUGUUGUUUGCAGUGCAUUAUGUGUUGCCAAGCAAAAGUCUGAUGACGCAUUGCUGUCUGCGCACCAGCUGUCACAGUGUCUGCUUCAGUGCUUCUCUCCUCCCAGUGCAAACGGCGAUGCAGCCAGGAGCUGUAGCACCAACAGUUGCAGCGAAAGUAGCAAGGAAGGCUCGGUGGAAGUAUGGGCCCUAGAGAAGUUAAAUGGAGAGGCUGCACAGAUCUCCUUUUGCAGCCAACUCAAGGUGUGGGCAUGCUGCAGCAAGAACGUGUGUCUUCUCCUCCCGGCUGCUGCUGCUACCAAUAUUUGCAAACACAGUUUGCCAGGAGCAAUUGCAGCUCGAGCUGCGGCGGCUCCCCUGCAGCAGCGAGGAGAGGGAGGGCUGCAGGGAACGUCGCAGCUGCAGGAACACUCGGGUGUGCAACAGCAUCAACAAAGGCAUCUGCAGGCUGUUGAGUUGCUGCGACAGCUUGGGGCUGACCGCGUCCUUUCACAGCCCUUCUCGCUCGAAGAACAAAGACGCCCUCCCCGAGAACAGUAUGCAUUGUGGGUUGCUACUGCCUGGCAGCAUCAGCUGCAAAAGUUGGCCAGAGAACAGGUCGAGCAGCUGCAGCAGCUGCUGCAGAGCCAUACUCUGGUCGGCGAGCUGAUAGACAGCGCGGAGAAGCAGCACAUCGUACCCCCGCCGAAGCGACGGCAGCACGGGCAGUACCAACAACAGAAGCAGCAGCAACAACAGCAGCAGCAGCAGGAGGCGGGUCAGCAGAACCAACCACAGAAGAAGCAGCAACAGGCGGAGGCACAAACAGGGAGACUGGCGUUUUUUGCGUUGGUGCCUCACAAGUUGAAUUCCGUCGGCACUUCUUUUUGCGAGCCUCCUUGCCUCAGCCCAGGAGUAUCGCUGCCGCUACUUGAAUCUUUGGGCCUCGAGACAGCAACAGUAGUGGCGCGGCUGCCGGCCUCGUCCCCUGUGGAGCUGCUACUGCAGCUGCGUCAGCUCGAGCAACAGAGGGAAGAGUCCUGUGCCGGCGACACCGAGGGGCUUGUCCUGUACUUCUGCACAUGUAGCAGCGGUGGUAACACCAGAAGCAGCAACAGCGGAAGUGGGAGCAGCAGUGGCAUCAGUUUGUCUCAAGGGGGGUCCACUGUUGUCGCUCUUGCCAAGGCCAAAACAGCGUCCUACCGCAUGCACAGAAAGUUACGGGAGAGGAUGAAACUUCUGAUACGAAGUUCCUGUUUCUGGGAAGCAGCAGUCGCCGCAGCUACUGCAGCAGCUGCUGCCUGUCCUUCAGGAUGGCCAACCGACGAAAGGGAAGGGGCGAGGCAAAAUGCCUCAUUUGUUGUUCUUGAGGCAUUUGCUGCUGCCUCGAGGGCUGCGGCUGCCCCUGCCUCCCGGUACAGAAUCGAGGGGGACUUAACUGCAAGUGUGGCAGCGAAUGCAUCACCAGCAACGGGAGCAGCUGCUGCAGAAGCAGCUCUUCGUGCCCAGGUGGCUGCCAUUGUUGGAUUGUACUGGUGCGACGUUCUCGAAGGGCAACUCAGUCACUUUGGCCAUGCCCUCAAAUCUUGCGUGCCUCAGGGAUCCUCUCUACCUCUCAUCAAAGAACUCCUGAACUUGCAGCACCCGCGGGGGCGAAAGACAUUGCAGCCGCAAAGGCUGCAGCGACUGCAUCUCGAGUUCAGCCGACUAGUACGAGAGGAGAGUGCUCACUUUAGGAGGGCGGCAGCAUUCAGCUGCUCGCUCGCUGGCGCGCUGCUGCUGGCGCUGAGGUGCCUCCCAGACCCACAGCGGGUCUCUCUGCUCUGGCAGCAGCAACAGGUGCCGCUGCAGCAACAGCAACGGGAACAGGUGGGAAUAGGCAGCGUCGGCGGCGUGCAGAAAGACUUGGAAGACUUAUCGUUUCUUCAGGACCUUGUUCACGGGCGAAUCGAGCAAGGGAAACCAAGUUUUACUGGUUGCCUUCUUCGGUUCUUGAUUGGUUAUGUUGACAUGCGCUUUUUGGACUUUAUUGCAGACAGCAAAGCGUUUGCUGCCACCGCGGGUGCCCCUAAAAACUGGAUCACCCCUUCUCAGGAACUGCUAAUGCAGCUGCAGGAGUUGGAUAGGACCAACAGCAGCAGGAGUGGCGGGAGUGGUAAUCUGCCACUCCAUGUUAUCAGGAUGGCAGACCUCAAAGAGGCCGGCGCAGCAGUUUUAGAGCAGCUGGAGGGAAACAGUAGCGAACCCUUGAAGUGCCCCAAGGGAGAACAGGGAAAACACGUGGUGCACAAGCAGCAGCUCGCGCAAGUGAACGCGCUGCGGUCGAAGCAGCAGCCAGUCAGCGUUUGCCUCGUGGCUCCUCCUCUGCUGCUGACAGCUGAACAGUACCAAGAACUAGAGCAAGUUUGCCUCUGUCAUGGAUGCCGGUUGUUGCUGCGGCACAGGGCUUGUUCUACUGCUUGCUGUUGCUGCUGCUGCCUUCGUGACUCCAGGAGCAGCUGUUCUUGUGGCGUCCGUGAAAGGGCAGCUCCCUUCGCUGACACAGCGAAUAGCGGUCUUUCCGCGCCGCUGGUUGUGCUGUGGGGUCUCGAUCAGCAUGGCAGCAGUGUGGCGUUGAAGAGGCUUCACGAGCUGCUGCAGCAAAGGCAGGCACAGAAGCAGCAGCUAGAGCAGCAACAUAGAUGGGAUGGCGUAGCUUUAGUUGGCCAAAAUGGUGCGAUUGAAGGGAUGUUGCACUGUACUUUUGAGGGGAUAGCGUGUGAUGCCUCCUCAACGAAGGCAAAGCAUUUUCUCGCGGCGGAUGCUGCAGUAGGCAGAGCCAUAUUACAAGCAAAGAGCGUAGCUGUCUCAGAAGGGAUUCUUAAACUGGCUUCUAAGUGCUGUAACAGGGAGGUGCUGGAAGCCACUUGCGUCAACUCCACGGCCGCCCAAGAUCUUCAGGAGUCUAUGCGGGCGGCGAUUGGGAGUUCCGUUCACCGUCCAGCCCUUGUGAGGCUUCCUGCUUCGCUCCUGGCCGCAGGAAGUGGUUUUCCGGAAAGCGGGAGCUGGAAGCAGGCACUCCAACUGUUUGCUACUGCAGUUCGGGCUGUGGUGCACACUGCACGCAACGAAUCUCACUCACCAUCGCAGCACGCGCUGAAGGCACCUUUGUGGCCUCCCCGCGCAACUGCCUCUUCCUCUCUGCCCCAGAAUGUGGGGGCAGAGUUCAUCGGUGACCGUUGUAACGAGGUGUGUAUCUCCAUCGACUCCGGGCUGCCCGGGAAUCCCUCGCCAGCCGCUACUGUGGUUGCACUGCUGCCUGUUGGCCUCCCUGGCAGCGGGAAGACGACAGUGUUGCUGGAAGCUCUGCGUCCUGCGCUAAGACAAGAAUUCAUGUCCAGCAACACCUUCUCCGUUGGAGGAGUUACUGGUCUCGUUAUUUGGGAGGGGCGGCCUCAGCACUCGUCAAGGAAGAUGGGGACGCUAACAACAACGACAGCGAUGCCAGGAGUUAUAACAACGGCCACAGCAGUAGAUGCUGCAGCAACAAGCACAACUGCAACAGUGACGUCAACCACAGCUACAGCAACAGCGGCUUUACCAAAAACAGCAACAGAAACAGCAGCAUCAAUAACAGCAACGGCGGCCCCGUUGGAGUCUGUCUUUGAUUGCCUUUGCUAUCUAAGUUCUGACGAAUUUACGGGCGAAGUGUUGCGCUCCCUAGGUCACAAUGCUCCCACCGGACUGCUUCAUGAGAUGUGCCUUCAGGAAGCAUCAAACGCGGGCCCGGCAGCUGCAGCCCGGCUGAACUACCCUUCUUGUCAGGGGAACAUUAGUGGUGCAUCCUCUCUGCUUCCGGAUGAGAAGACCAUGAAGGCAGCAAUAGCAGAGGGAAGAAAAGGUUUGGGAAGCGCUCUAAAUGGCUUUUUCACUCAACUGACCGACAUGCUUGUUAAUGUGUUCUUGGAUAAACAAAAGAGGCAGGGAAUGGGAAAUGAGAGCACUUCCGAGGCAGGUUUUUGGCGCCCCCUUCGUGUCUUGGUUGCUGUGGACAGGAAUCAUCCGCCCAACGCCGUGAGCAGCCGCUUUUCUGAGGUGGAGGAUUUGUUGCAGGCGCUCCAGUCGGCAGUCUUAGUGCGCUGUGGGGUGCUGGUGAAAGUUGCAACUGCAGCCCUGCUGCUACCACCUGGUGCGGCUCAAGACGGAUCGUCGGUGCACUUAGGGCUGCCACUUGGACAGCCCAAGGCGCAGGACACCACUUGGGACUUCCCUUGGUCUAUUGAAGUGGUUCUGCGCUGUAUGUACAGGGUGCUAUGCCGCGGGGACCAUGCCACGCUUGCGGGGGGAAGACGAGGUAUCUCGUCCUUGGAGGGGCUUUCGGAAGGUGCCUCCGAUUCAUGUUCUACACAAGACGUGAAGGCCCUGCAUAUAUGUCUCUCGUUCCUUUCUUGCUUCAAAGGAUAUUCGAAGAUAUAUGAUUUUUUGCGGAUGCAUCCCAACGUCACUCACGUGCUACAGCUCCAGACAGUGCUGCCGGUUCAGAACCAGAAGCAAAAUAACUACCAGCAGAAGCAGCAGCAGAUGCACAAUCAACAGCGCCUUCUGCUUGCAGCCCUCUCCUCCCUGAAGCCCUUCAGUGAUCUGCCGAAGGACCACCGUGUGUACUCGGAUCUUGCGACGAGCCUGAGGGAGUUUCCGCCAGAGGGUCCAUUAUUUGGCGAGUUUCGAGCGCACCAGCGUGCUAGCAUCAGCUGUUGUGCAGGUGAACUGUUGCACCAUGUUGAUUGCCUCUUUUCUUCGAUGGAGGAACCGCUGCUGCACCGGCGCGACCAGCUGCUGCAGCAGCAGCUACAACAGCAGCAGCCCCAGCAGCAACAGGAAUGCCAGGGGCAGCGCUUUCACGAGGAGGUGGACCGCGGGGGCAGGUUGCAGCAGCAUCAGGGAGACUUAGGCCAAGUGGCGCCGGAAGAGGGCCGCAUGGCUUCGCUCCAGGCAGUGAGGCUCCCCACGGCUGACGUUGUCCUGCGGCUUCCUACUUAUUUCAGCAUUUUUCUAGGGGAUGAGAAGGAGGCGCUUACUUCGCUCACCCAGCAGUUACUGGCAGCGGUGGAAAAUGCAGAGGGCGCCGAGGUCCCUUCCGUUGUAGACAUGGGUAAGAGCUUGAAGCCCGUGGACAGUCCUCAUAUUACAACGUUUUUCAUGGGAGGAGGAACGCUAGAAGCAAACCAGGGAGAAAUUGAUGCUGCGAACGAAUGGCUGGACGAACAGUUCCGCACCACUUCUACAGAGAACAUGUCUUGUUUGGAUUCCACCAGCAAGGGUACAUCUGCAUAUUGCACCGUUUGUCCCCGUAUCCUGCGCCUGUACGAACUGUUGGCGUCACGGAGGCAAGUCAGCCGUCGUUUCAAGUUUCAGGUGACUCACCUGCUCCUCACGGAUAUCGGAUUGGCGUGCGCAGCAUUAACGCCUCUUUCCCCAGUCCUACCGCUAGCAGAGCCUACCCCUUCGCAGACAUCCUCCAGCAACGUCUGCAAAGGAGGCAACACUUUCUUUGGGGAAUCUGCCUCUGGGUACCAAGUAGAUGGUCCUGUUAUCACGAGCCAGGUUGCAGCGGCACGGGAGAUUGAUGCGGACGUAGGGAACUGCGGGCCUUCCUGUGCUGUGAGUGGGCCUCACAAAGUGUACAUGGCGGCUUCAGAUUUGCAGCCCUUGUGCAUGGCUGGAUAUCACUACGCGCACGUCACCCUGGGCCUUGCUGGCGAUGCAAAAGCAGUUAUGUCUAACAACGUGAUAGCAGCGGCGGACAAAGCCAUACUACAGGGCACAAGUGAGAAAAAGUUGAGGGCUGACACUCCUAGACCCUUCCGGACGGGUGCCCCACGCAAUAAAGGAGUUGGUGAAGACCAACCAACGUCGCCUGCUGCUGGGGAUGCGUACCAGGAUCUCAAUUGCUACUCCGUAGGGGGCAGCGAUGACGCCCAAGAGCUCAUUGCAUUCACAGGGGUGCCCGUUUCGGGCAGGCGCGCCCGCUUGUGGGUUUGGUCUUUACCAAAAGAGGUACAGGAGGAGCUUGAAGGACCUGUGCAAGCUCGUUGA